AUGAAUUCAAGUUCACUGUGCAGGCGACCUGCGCCUAAGAGAAUCAUAUAUACAACAAUCCGAGCCCUAUCCUCCGCCCCCAGUACGCAGAAACGUGAGCUCAAAGAUCUCACCCCGUCCGACCUCUGCUACUAUUGGGACACGCAACCUCCCCGACCUGACCAAUUAGCCUUUGCCGACAAGGUCUUCACUCCAUCUCGUCAUUCUCCUUUAAAGCUAUGGUCUGCAGCCAAAUUCCGCACGACACCACUCUCAUCGACAGACCCCGAAGUCGCAUUCCUUGGCCGGUCAAAUGUCGGCAAGAGCUCACUCUUGAACGCAAUAAUGGGGCAGGAGGUCUGCUGGACAUCCUCAAAACCAGGGCGAACGAGAGAAAUGAACGCUUUUGGAAUUGGUGGCACAAAAGGCGGCGAACAUAAAGUUGUGUUGCUUGAUAUGCCGGGUUAUGGAAAGGCUAGUCGAGCUGAGUGGGGAGCGGAGAUUAUGAAGUAUCUCCAGGGACGCAAGCAACUCCGUCGAGCAUUCAUCCUCAUCGAUAGCACACAUGGCAUAAAACAAACCGACGCUGAUAUCCUCCAAAUGUUCCGACACUACGCAAUCCCACACCAAAUAAUUCUAUCCAAAGUCGACAAAUUUCUCGCGAAAAAGAUGAAGUUAAUAAAGUCCGGUGUAUCACCAUACCACCUUGAACGACUUCAGGUUCUGUUGCAGGGCGUCAAACCUAUUAUUCAGCCUGAUUCCCGAGUCUCUGAGGGGCCUGGUGCCCUUGGUGAGAUCUUGACUUGCAGUGCUGAGGCGCAGAUUGGUCCUGGUCGAAUGUUGGGGAUUGAUGCUAUUCGCUGGUCGAUUUUGUCUGCUGCUGGUAUUGAUGGGAGUUUAGAGGGAGUUCGGCCUGCUGAGCCGGUGCCUGCUGAGGACCAGUCGGAUUCUAUAUGGUGA